AUAGAGAACGUGAUUGUGGUUUUGUCCCAUACCACCAAGAACCAAAUAUCAAAACACAAUGGCUACAACACCGGUCGAUACUCCUACACAACCGUUGACCAUGGAUGAGAUUCUGCCAUACAUCGGAGAAUUUGGAAAGUUUCAGAUUCUUCUAGAAGUUGCAUUUUGUGUUAUGGUAAUUCCAAGUUCAAUGCUCAUACUCGUCCCGUACUUUGCGCAAGACAGUCCUCCAUGGACAUGCCUUUUAAACAGUACAGUUUGCCGUCUUAAUGGAACGUUUGAUUCUUAUAGCCGAUUCUAUCAAUACCGAUGCAAUAUGCCGAGGUCAGAAUGGGAAUUCACCAAGCAAAAAGAAUACUCAAUAGUCACACAGUUCGAUCUGUACUGUGACACUGAGAUGUACAGUUACUUGGCCACAUCUUCAGUUUUUAUCAGCUGGGCAUUUGGAGGAGUCAUUCUUGGUUGGGUGUCAGAUAGGUAUGGUAGAAGAAUCAAUAUGCUGAUAUCGACAACUUUUAUCCUUUUGUUUGGGUUCAUCAGCUCGUUCUCUCCAAAUAUUUGGUUCUACAUUUUUGCACGAGCAGUGUUUGGCUUCUUCACACCUGGAACUUAUGUACAGUCAAUCGUUCUAAUUUCAGAAUUUGUAGGCCCAAAAUGGCGUCCAUUUGCGGGUAUAGCAAUUUCGCUAUUAUAUGCAGUAGGCGUUGUCAUCCUUGGUGUUAUAGCCAUCUUCGUUCAGACGUGGAAAACACUGAUGAUAGUCAUCACAGCUCCAUAUUUUUUCAUCUUGCUGUUUUUCUUGGCCAUUCCCGAAUCAGCUAGAUGGCUUCACGUAAAUGGAAGAAAUGACGAGGCUCUUGCAAUCUUUCGAAAGAUCGCUAAGUGUAAUGGAAAGGAGCUACCAGAAGUUCAACUGAAGAAGAUUGAAGAGGACUGUUCCACCGGAAUAAAACAUUAUCUUUACCUAUUCAAGCCUGCAAAAAUCGCAACAAGGAGCUUGAUCCAAGGAUAUACAUGGAUGGUGUGUUCCUUGGUGUUCUUUGGAGUUUCAUUUGGCGCCGGUGACUUAAGCGGCCACAUACUCAGGGACUACAUCAUUACCAGCUUAUUUGACAUACCGGCUGCUGUUCUUGCAAUAUACCUUUGCAACAAAAUUGGAAGAAAGAAGACAACGAUUAUUCCCAUUUUUAUUGCCGGGAUAUCCUGCAUUGCUGUAUCCUUGAUUCCAAAAAAAUCAGGGAGCAAACCAUCGGAACUUGUUGGUCUUCGAGUUUCCUUUGGAGUGCUUGGAAGGUUUUGCAUCACGUUGUCGUAUGAUGCCAUUUACAUAUGGUCGACCGAAAUGUACCCGACUUGCGUAAGCCAUUAACACCUUCCAUCGUCUCCGUACCAACAGCAAGGUAAUCUACAACACUUCUGUAGCAUCUCCUUGUUUUAUGUGUAUACGCCCUGUAUUGUAGUUAGUUAGUUUUCAUUUCGCUGGAGAAAAGAAGCACAAUAACACAGCAGAUUUGUUUUCAUUUUAUCGAUGGCCUAAGGCAGCAUAAACCAAAAAUCAAGAUCAUAAACAUAAAAAUUGGUGAGAUAGUUCGUUUACAACUCUUUUACUAAUAGUUCUGUAUAUCAUGUACAACCACAAUAAGAGCUAUUAACGCAUUACUGAAUUUACCCUGGGUACCAGAGCCACAAACUUUCGAACGCGGAAACAGAGUGCCAAGCAGAGAAGCGGAGGAGCAUUUGUAUGGUGAGUUCCACCAAAUGGGUUGAUCAAUAACUUUCAAAGAUAAAAUUCUGAAUGAAAUUAAUUGGUGAGACAAAAUUGAAAGGAGCAUACUAUGCUUUAAUGAGCGUUGUUGAAAUGUCUUACCUCCAGACUUUUAGCCGGGCAUUCUUGUUUUGCUUAGCUCUUCAAUGAUGCUCAGACAUUUCAUGCGUAACGCAUGCGUAACACACACAAAUUUAAGGUGAUAAAAAACAAAAUAGCGGCUGUCAACGUGUAUAUUGUUUGUGAACUUUACAGAAUACAAUAAAUUGACUUGAAAACAAUUAUUCCAAGGGCGGGCUUCGUACAGUGAGAAAACAUCACAUUCGAGCUGUUUUGUUUUUCAUUCGGCGCUAUUUCUGUCACUGCGCAUGUGUCGUCGACUAACCCAGGUCCGCCCCAAGUUUGCGUUUACACUACACUAUAUCUAAACUAACCCAGGCUCGACCUAGGGCGAACCCACCUUUCGAGAUGGAUUGGCUAACCUGGGGUGAAUCUGGGUUAGUUUGCGCUUACACUACAAAAAUCGAACAUGGGUUAGUUUUAACCUGGGGCGAACCCAGGUUAGUUUGUGUAGUGUAAACUGGGUUUAAGAAAAUUCUUAGGAAUUAGUUAAUAGAGAAUCUUAGGAAUUACUUCAAUAUUGAUGUAGAAUAUGACCAUUUAUGAAGAUAAAGGCAUUUAAGAAAUGACGGCUGUUUGAUGGAGCUGUCAAGCAGAUAUGUGCUGCUUUCAGGAAGCAAAGCAACACUAUCGUGUUUAAUUUACGAAAUGCAGAAUUAACAUCAUAAGAGGCAGCCACGAGAAGCAAUGGGAAAACACUUACCCGUCUUUAGCGAGAGGAGGAUCCAUACCCUGAAACCCUACAGUAAUUGCAACGAAGACAGUGUCGUCGUGACUACAUCAUUGUGGCUUUUAUGGGAAAACAUGGACGAAACGUUCAAAAACAGAAGGCUAGCACCAACGCUUUGAUGUAUGUCGGUCGCACAUGCUAAAUGCCUUUAUUGGUCCCUUUUGAAAUUUGUUUGCAUGAUAUCUCUGCAAAAGUUGCACAAUUUGUUGGUGAAGCAAAAACAAUAUUUAGCUGCAAAUAUGACUUAGUGUCCAAAUGCCAAAGAGAAUCCAAAAGAUAGCCGUUCAAGCCAAAGUCGUUGGGCCUAAUUAGUGUCAGCCUUGUAUCUAAAAGUGGAAGGCAUUUAGAAAGAAAUCAAUUUCAAUAAAAGAAAACGUUCCCAGAGGUGCGAUCUCUGAUUGCCUAGUCGCGAGUCUCGCUUUUCAAUUAUAACUGGUUAAAAGAUGAAAAACAAAGAACUUUGAUUGACAUACAAAGAACAGGCAGACAUAUUUUGACAUAGUUGUUGCAAUUGUUGAAAUAGCUUUCCAUGAGUAAAAAACAGCAAUGACAAAAUCACGUGCAAAUGCUCACCAAUGAAAUUUCAUUCAAAUGACGACGUUAAUGAAAUAAGAAUAUAAGGGCCCGUUCACACUACUCCGUUUUCUAAACAUAUAUAUAUAUAUAUAUAUAUAUAUGGAUGCCCAUCGAGCUGAGCAAAAUCCCCCCUUCAUGUACUCAUUCUUCGCACAUAAUAAAAACGGAGUCGAACUAAUCCGUUUUUGCCUUGCAUUCACACUACUCUGCUAUGAAAACGGAAUCGUUUGAAAAUGCUAAUGAAAACGGAUACUUUCGAAUACUGUGCGCAUUGAAUACGCUCCGUUUUCAGUGUGAACCCCAAAAACGGAGACAUUUCAAUACGCUAACAUCGGCAACAAAUUACGUGCUUUGUAGCACACCAAAUCUCAAAAAUUUUGAAAUUGAGAAUUCACAAUGGACUCGUAGCUGUUACAACAAAGUUUUUCACGAUUACUUUUAUUUAAUUUCAUAGUGUGAACACAUAUCGUAUUCACAGCGUAUUCAUAUGAAAACGGAUUAGUGUGAACGGACAUCGUUUUCAUCAACGAAAACGGAGCGAAACGAAUACGGAGUAGUGUGAACGUGGCCUAAGGCACAUACCUUAACUGUUACAUUUAAGGCAGACGUAUAUAUAUAACAAAGCAUACUAACAUCCUUUUGUAUCCAAAACGUCUUCCUUGCAUGGAUCAGAAUCUCCCUUAGGCCGUACCACAUUGUUGAUUGUGCAACAAUACCGAAAGCAUGGCAGUCAUACGGCCACAGGAAGCGCGGAAGGCAAACGAACACGAACACAGAAAGAAUGAAAAUAUCACGCAUAAACAUGGCCUUGU